AAGAGCAAAUCCUUAAAAUAAUUCAUCAUGAAGAGUAAACAAGGAAAUCCUGGCUAAGAUAAAAAAUGGUAAGGGCUACAUUGAUUGAUGUGACUUUUAUUUUGACAACGGAAGUAAAGGGUUUACGUGUAUACACGCAAUUAAGGCCGUAGUACGGUCCAUCCAUCCGCGCCGUCUGCAUGACGCAAUACAACAAUACCACAAUGCCGCGUUCAAUAGCGCAUGCGCGAAAAAGUGCACUAGUCCACUAGGUGUCAAUACACACACAGAAAGUUUGCAGUGUCCCGUUGUCGAAGAAGAAUGAUACAAAAUCAACAUGCUGAAACCACAAACAGGAAGCUCAGAAGCAUAUCCUUCUCCACACUGUUUGGUUGUUGUUCUUGUUGUCUUGCUAUUCGCUCAGAUUGUUUGGAAUGGUGAAAACAGUUCCUCAGUCAUUCAUUUGCAGUAUAUCUGUGAAUGACGUAACUCAGCACUGCCCUCUGAUGGUCUGGUAGAGCACACAUACUCAUUUGUAUUGUGCAUGUGUUAAACUCGGACAUCCAUGCUUAUCUGUGAUGAGAAUGCGCAAAAAGCUGUGUGGAUGCGUUUGUGCGCGAGACUGACACGUACAGCGAAAGUCAAGUAUUAUCCUUUAAAGGAUGCGGUAUACGGAGGAUUCUCAACUUAGAAUUAAACGAGACGUCCUUCGUAGGACAUAAUGGCAGAAAAGGAAAUGGGAAGUACCACGUUCCUAUGACACCAUGUUGUACUGGGACACCUGUCAAUGAAUUAAAAUGAUUUCUACAUGGUUUAAGAGGUCUCAUCCUCCUUUUUUACCUGGUCUUCUAUGGAUUCUUGACUGCAAUGUUUGUCUUCACUAUGUGGGUGAUGCUUCAGACACUUAAUGACGAUGCUCCAAAGUAUCGAGAUCGAGUUGCGUCCCCUGGGUUGGUUAUCAGGCCAAACUUGCUGAAUAUAGUUUUCAACAGAUCAAACCCUCUUGAAUAUGGCCAAUAUGUCCAGCAUCUAGAAUCGUUUCUGGAUCAAUAUAAUGACUCUAAGCAAGCCAAAAAUGACUUGUGUAUGGCGGGUCAGUACUCCGAUCAGGAUGAGGAACCUCAGAAGAAGGUGUGUCAGUUCAGGAGGAGUAUCCUCCACCAUUGCUCUGGUAUGGAGGAUGCCACCUUUGGUUACGCUGAAGGAAAGCCGUGUGUUAUUGUCAAGAUGAACAGGAUCAUUGGUCUUAAGCCAGCCGGAGAUCCAUACAUCAACUGCACAUCAAAGACUGAAACUCUUCUCCAGUUGCAGUACUUUCCCCAUGAAGGGACUAUUGAUCGGAUGUACUUUCCUUACUAUGGUAAAAAAUCACAUGUGGAUUACGUUCAGCCUCUGGUGGCUGUAAAGCUGUUGCUUAAGAAGGAAGACUUCAACUCCGAGCAGAUUGUAGAGUGCAAGGUGGAGGGAUCUAAUCUUAAGAACGAUGACGAGCGCGACAAGUUUCUCGGCCGUGUCACCUUUCGGGUCCUGGUGACCGAGUAGAUCGGGGGCUGGUGCAGACGCUGAAUGGGACCUUGCACUACUUGACUCCCUAUUGUCCUUGUUCUUCUAUAUACCCCCCGCUGGUCCCCAGCAGGACCACAGGACCUAAUUUACCUCUCCACAGAAUGACAGGCAUGACUGAUCGAUUACCGUUAAUGUCCCCUUAAGCAUGUCUUAGCGGGUUUAGUGAUCAUAGCUGAAACUAAAAUUGUAUUUCACCCUGGGCUUUGCAUUCCUUAGAUGUUUUAAAUUCUUGAACGUAAACGCAAACGCAUUUUAGGUUAAAAGGAGUUUUUGUUUACAAUUUGAUUGAUAUGAUAGGGGUUAGUCACUACCUUAAGUCACUCAUUGCUUGUUGUGUUGGUUUGUUUCGUGUUACUCUCUGUGAAUAUAUUUAAUUAUCGUCAAACUGCUGUAUGAUUUAUGUUGAAAAGUGGCAUGAUAUGUUUUUAAAGUAUACAUUUGUAACCUAAAUCCGUUUCCUAACCUCUGCAUGGACUGGUUCAUGCAGACGCCUUAAGAGCCAUGUAACAUCUUGGUAUAAAUGCUAUUUUG